AUGGCUCCAUCCAAAAGGCCAUCCGUGAAGAAGACGUCGAGCUUGAAGUUGCUGAUGGCCAAACUCAAGCAAAUUGAAGCAGCCUUCAACGACAUCCGUCGAUUUUCCGAGAAAAUCCAGGAAGCUACGUCCGCGACCCAAAUUCUCCUUCGGUUGGAAAAAAUCGACGACCUAUGGGAAAGGUAUGGAGCUGCGCUAGUGGAAGUUCAAUCCCACGAGGACUUCGACGAUGAAGAUGAGGAUGGUGACACACUCGAUAAGCAGAGGCAGGAGUUUAGUGACCGUUAUUAUGAGGUUAAAUCAGUUUUAACAGAUCAAGUUAGGAGUAGACAGGAACCAGCUAGUUUAAACCAAUCCAUUCGUGGGGAUCCUCCAGUGCCAGCCUCACUUGAUCACGUUCGCCUUCCGCAGAUUAAGCUGCAAACUUUCAACGGGGAAAUUGACGAAUGGUUGAGUUUUCGAGAUCUGUUCACUUCCUUGAUCCAUUGGAAAACAGAUCUGCCCGAUGUAGAAAAAUUCCACUAUUUAAAGGGUUGUCUACAAGGGGAACCAAAAACAAUGAUCGAUUCGCUCCAAAUCACGGCUGCCAACUAUCAUGUCGCUUGGGGAAUGCUGACCAAACGGUACAACAACAGCAAGGUGUUGAAGAAGCGGCAAAUCCAAUCCCUACUCAAGUUGCCUGCUCUUCCCAAGGAAUCCGCCUCUGAGUUGCACGGUUUAGUAGAGGGCUUUGAGAAGAUCGUGCAAACGUUAGACCAGGUUGUACAACCGGGGGACUACAAGGACCUACUACUCGUGAAUUUGUUGACGUCUCGUUUGGAUCCAUCCACUCGUCGUAGCUGGGAAGAGUUCUCCUCCACCAAGGACCAGGACACGUUGAAGGAACUCAUCGAAUUUCUCCAGCGCCGGGUUCGCAUUUUGGAAUCCUUACCACCCAAGGCUGCAGAAGCUACCAGAUCAUCCAACCAACCUCCGUCCAGACACACCGUGCACCAAUGUUCGUCAAAGGUUUUGUUAGCAACCGCAGUUGUCGUUGUUGAGGAUAACAACGGCAAUAGGGUCCCAGCUCGUGCUCUUCUCGAUUCUGGGUCGGAGAGUAACUUCAUCACCGAGCGCCUCAGCCAGCGCAUGAAGGUUUCUCGUAGCAAGGUGGAUAUUUCGGUUCUUGGCAUUGGGCAGGCAGCAAUCAAGGUCAACCAAAGGAUUGUAGUCACGAUCCGUUCCCGGCUGUCAGAGUUCUCGCGCCAGAUGGGUUUCCUGGUGCUUCCGAAGGUAACAGCCGAUCUCCCCACGGCUAACAUCGACAUCUCCGGCUGGACCAUACCGAAAGGAAUCGAACUUGCUGAUCCGUCGUUCUGCGUUUCGUCAGGAGUUGAUCUCGUUCUUGGUAUAGAAUCGUUUUUCGACUUUUUCGACUCUGGUAGGAAGAUUUCGCUUGGAGAGCGACUUCCGUCCUUACACGACUCCGUUUUUGGUUGGAUCAUUAGUGGAGGAUUCGACGAAGGGCUUCAAGGCUUGCAGAUCAACUGUAAUGUCUCUACUUCGGAUCGUUUGGAGGAUCUACUCACCCGGUUCUGGUCCAUGGAGGAGGUGGAUUCUACGAACUAUUCUCCUGAAGAAACUCGCUGUGAAGCUAUCUUUAUGAGUUCCGUACAGCGAGGGGCGGACGGUCGCUAUUCCGUAGCACUUCCCAAAGAUGAAGACGUCAUCUCUCGGUUGGGCGAAUCUAAGGAGAUCGCAUUCCGACGUUUUCUAGGCACCGAACGGAGGCUUACCAGGGACGCAAACCUCCGGAAACAAUACGUCACCUUUAUGGAGGAAUAUCUGCAGUUGGGUCACAUGCGGAGAAUCGAAGAGGAUUCAGAACCCACCAAACGGUGUUUCCUUCCUCAUCAUCCGGUGGUCAAGGAGGCCAGCACCACCACCAAGGUCCGCGUGGUGUUUGACGCAUCCUGCAAAACGGCUUCAGGAUUGUCGUUGAACGAUGCGUUGCUGGUAGGGCCUGUGAUACAACAGGAUCUCCGCUCCAUUAUCCUUCGCUGCUGUACUAAGCAGAUUAUGCUGGUGGCUGACGUGGAAAAGAUGUUCCGGCAGAUUUUCAUUCAUCCAGAGGAUAGGCCAUUCCAAUCGAUUCUCUGGCGUUCAUCUCCGGUGGAGGAGAUAGGUGUGUACGAGUUGAACACGGUUACCUAUGGAACCAAACCGGCUCCGUUCUUGGCGACUCGUACACUUAACCAAUUAGCCAUGGACGAAGGAGAACGAUAUCCGCUGGCAGUGAAGGCGAUUACAGAAGACACGUACAUGGACGAUGUCAUCACAGGUUGCAGUAACUUGGAGGAGGCCAGGAAACUACAAAAUCAGCUGGACGAAAUGACGACUAGUGGAGGUUUUCGGCUCAGAAAAUGGGCAUCCAACUGUGCAGCGGUCCUGCACGGUGUUUCCGAUGAUAAUUUGGCGAUUCGUCCGGCGGAUGGCAUUAAUCUAGAUCCUGAUCCGUCUGUCAAGGCUCUAGGUUUGACCUGGCUACCCGGAAGGGAUGUUUUCCGCUUCCAAUUCCAUGUCCCACCUGUCGAUCCCGAUGAAGUUCUCACCAAACGCAAGGUUUUGUCGAUAAUCGCUACGUUGUUCGACCCGCUGGGUUUCAUCGGCGCUACAACGACAGCUGCAAAGGUAUUCAUGCAGCUUUUAUGGACUUUAGAGGAUGAAAAGGGCAAGAAGUUGGACUGGGAUCAACCGUUACCUUCGACGGUGGGUGAGUCCUGGAGAAAACUGCACGUCCAGUUACCGAUUCUCAACGAGAUUCGUAUAGAUCGUUGCGUAAUCCUUCCAAAUGCAGUAGAGGUGGAGCUACACUGUUUUUCGGAUGCGUCGAUGAAGGCAUAUGGGGCAUGUCUCUACGUCCGCAGUCUAGACGAGGCUGGCAAUGUGAGAGUUCAACUACUGUCAUCGAAAUCGAAGGUCGCUCCGCUGAAAACCCAAUCCAUACCGAGGCUGGAGCUCAGCGGUGCAUUACUAUCGGCCCAACUCUACGAUAAGGUUCGUCAGGCAACCAAUCUUCAAGUUCGCACGACGUUCUGGGUGGAUUCUACGUGUGCUCUACGGUGGAUCCAGGCUACUCCAUCGACAUGGUCAGUUUUCGUCGCUAACCGAGUUGCGAAGGUCCAAGCGAUCACGGAAGGCUGCGAGUGGAGACAUGUGGCAGGUACGGACAACCCGGCCGACUUGAUUUCGAGGGGAGUAGGACCGAAGGAGAUCAUUAACAAUGAUUUCUGGUGGCGCGGGCCUAGUUGGAAAGAAGGCGUACUGCAGUUGUCGUGACAGCAUCAGCAAUAGCAGAAUUCAACGACAGGUUAAUCUCCACAACAAAAUCCUACACAACGUUGAUUCGUCGUGUUGCCAUCUGGCAGCGUUUGAUACGAUCACUACAGGUGCCAGAAGAUCGUCCGAAA